AUGCCCCCCUUUCUGGAUUUAGCAAUAAUCCCCUCGUCACGCGGAUUCGCCCGUCCACUCUGGGUAAUCGCUACCCUCCUACAUUCCUUGCAAUUCACUUCCGACCCCGCCACCAUCGAAACCAUAAAGAAUGUCACUCAACCCUGGAUCGAGGGAAUCCGCGCCGGUACUGACCCCUCCCAUCCGGAAUACUGGGGCACCAUUGCCAACGGCGACCAGCGCAUGGUUGAAGCAGAGGUCCUAGCCUGCGCGCUGCUCUUCGCGCCCGACGCCUUCUUUCACGGCCAGGAUGAGUUGACUCAAAAGAACAUCGUUGCGUGGCUGUGCGGCAUGCACGGGAAGGACAUGCCGGUUAACAAUUGGCGGUGGUUUCGAGUGUUUGUUAACCUGGCGCUUGUGCUUGUUGCGAACGUCCCAUAUGAUGAGGUGAAAAAGCAGAUGGAUGCUGAUUUUGAGGUGCUGGAUGGGUUUUAUAUUGGGGGUGGGUGGUCGGGUGAUGGGCCGUGGUUGUCUCCUGAGGAGGAGGUAAGGGAGAGGGAGGAGGCGAUGCGCACGGGGCGAUGGGAUGCGAUAGGGUGUGGAAGGCAAGCGGAUUACUAUUCUGGGAGCUUUGCGAUCCAGUUUAGUCAGUGUCUCUUUGUCAAGUUUGCGAGCCAUUUGGACCCGGAGAGGGCGGAGAGAUAUCGAGUCCAGGCAAGGGAGUUUGGGGGAGUUUCUGGCGGAGGCGCAAUUCCCUUUGGACGCUCCCUGACCUAUCGCUUUGCAUGCGGAGGGUUCUUCGCGGCGCUGGCUGUCGCUGAUAUCCCCGACAUGCCAGACCCAUUGGCUUCCGUCAGCGCAGUCAAAGGCUUCCUGCUCAGACAUCUACGCUGGUGGGCAGCUCACUCAGCCGAUAUGUUCUACGCCGAUGGGACAAUGAACAUCGGCUACUUGUAUCCAAACAUGUACAUGGCCGAAGACUACAACUCCCCGCAAUCAGUCUACUGGAGCCUCAAGUCUCUCAUUGUCCUUCUCCUACCCGACUCGCAUCCCUUCUGGAGCACCCCAGAAGCUGCCUACCCGUCCACACAAACACCAGUGGAAAUUGUAUCUGCACCACAGCAACUCCUCUGCAACCACCCAUCCGGAGGCCACCACUUCCUCCUUAACCCCGCCCAAUUCGUUGCCUGGCCGAUGAAAGCCUCGCAGGCGAAAUACUGCAAGUUCGCGUACUCGUCCGCGUUUGCGUUUAGCGUACCCACGGGGCCACUGAUACAGCAGCUCGCGCCGGAUAGUACCCUUGCGCUGAGUCGGGAUGGGUGUGCGACCUGGGCUGUGAAGUGGAAGUGCUCGCCUGGGCAGAAUGACAGAAUCCCCGUGGCGGAGGUCGAGUGGCGGCCGUGGGUGGAUGGCGAGAUCACGGUGCGGACUACGCUUGUUCCGCCGACGGAUUGGCGGCCGGAUUGGCAUGUUAGGAUUCAUCGUAUUCGCGGCAAGGGUCUGGAGAAGUUGCAUUUGGUUGAAGGAGGGUUUGCGAUUGAGCGAGUACCGAGAGGGAAUGCGAAGACGCCUGGUGGGGAGCGGGUUCUUCCUGCCCUUGAGGGUGAGGAUUGGUUGGAUAACGAAACUGGCCUGGCGGAAGGGGUCCAUGUAUCUCAGGAUAGUGUACUCAUCCUGUCUGCAGCUGGGGCAAGUGGCAUUCGUGGGGCAGUUACCAUGGCAAGGACGGAGCAUGAGGCGCUGAAGCCGGACUCGAAUACGAAUCUCAUGGCGCCGCGGACGUUGAUUCCUGUCGUGAGACAUGGGCUGUUGGACGGUGACCGUCAGGAGGCGCUCCUGGUGACGGCGGUCUUUGCUGUUGCGACUACACAGGACCAGAGUAAGAGAAGUCUACGGGAGAGAUGGAUGGAUUAUCCACGGGGGCCAAUAGUAUCAUGCUGCAGUAGUCCUGCAUUCAGUCCUUGA